CGGAGGCAUUUUGGCUGUUGGGUUUCGCAAUGGCAGCAUUUCUUUCUACGACGCACGAACGCUGAAAUUUUGUUCGGAGGUUGACUGCAAGAAUAGAAAGGGAAAAUUUGCGAAGGGAAGAAAGGUGACAAGCUUGGAGUGGCUGCCUGAUGGGACUUCUCUGCUGGUGGCCACCAACGACUCGCGCAUUCGCAUCUUCGACGUUUCCAGCCUGACUUGCGUCUACAAGUUCAAAGGCCAUGUGAAUGCCCAGAUAAUGCUGAGGGCCAGCUACACAGCCAAUGGCCUCGGAGUUGUCUGCGGCAGCGAAAUUGGCCGCAUUUCUUAUUGGAGGGUUGGAGGCCCUGCAGCCGACUUGCUGGACAGCCAGAGGACGCGUUUGCCUCACUGGAAGAGGGUGACAAACAGUUCGCUCGAGGAGUUCAAAGCAUUUGAUGAGCUGCUGACUUUUGCUGUUGCUGCUCCCCCCGCCUUUUCUGCUGCUCUUUUCUCUUACCUGUCUAUACACCCGCUGCCCAGCAGGGCCCCCCAGCUGUCGCGCAGGCCGACGCUGCUGCAGCAGCAGCAGCAGCAGCAGCAGCAGCAGCGGCAACAGCAGCAGCGGCAGUUUCGCUCGGGAAUCAGCAGCAUUUCAAGCAGUCCUCCCUCUUGUCAAUGA